ACAAUCAGAAGGGGCUGGCACCUGCUCAAAGCCAGCAGCACACAUUGUGAGAGGAGCAUGUGGCGUGUUUACUCGGAGGCCUGGUUAUGAUCUGCUAGUCCUUCUCAGUUAUGGAAGAAAACAAACAAAUGGGGUGGGGGGAGAAAGAAGCCAGUGGCAACACCUCUUAUCAAGCAGAUGUGGUCAGUGGUGCCAAAACCUUUGACUCUAAUGGAAAAAAUCCUUCCCUUCAGGGAUCCCCCGUCAGCACAAUGUACGAGCACAGCCAGCACGCAGAGCUGACAGCUGCGGAAAGAGACACAUCUCACCCAGCCCCAGGCCUCUCCACCCUGAGCGGCCACAGACUGAUAUGGCCAUGAAGCACCUUACAGGGAAAGCCUCUUUGGUUUUUCACCUGGCUGUUUAUUUGCCGGAUGUGGAAGAAAGGAAUAGAGAAAUUCAAGAAUUGAGGGGGAAGGUGGCUAAGCUCUUCUUCGGAUCACCGUGUGUGAGAAACUUGCGGUGAGGCCAGCCCAACACCCACGGGGCUUGGGCACCUCUCUCUGCCUUCUCCUUUCUGCUCCUCAGCCUUGAGUAAGUUCUAAUUGACUGGUGCAGGAGGGACUGUCAACCCACUAUCUCGUGGUUUGUCACAAGUUCCUGAUUUCUACUAGCUCUUGAAGACAAACAAGAACUCUGGAGAAGCGCCUUAGCCAGGAGCCUGUGGUGAGGCAUGUGCUGGAAGGUGCUGUCUGAGCCAGGGAUAAAGGACGAGAGACAGGCCGUGCCCGUGGGGGUCAGCGGGAGAAGAUGAAUUCCACCUCAGCGGCGCCACCGGAGGACUCCUGCGCCCGCAACCUGCUCAUCACGCAGCAGAUCGUCCCCGUGAUGUACUCCGUGAUCUUCACGGUGGGGCUGCUGCUCAACGGCGUGUCCGGCUGGAUCUUCUUCUACGUGCCCAGCUCCAAGAGCUUCAUCGUCUAUCUCAAGAACAUAGUGGUGGCCGACUGCGUGAUGAACCUGACCUUCCCCUUCAAGAUCUUCAGCGACUCGGUCCUGGCGCCCUGGCAGCUAAACGUGUUCGUGUGCCGGGUCUCGGCGGUGCUCUUCUACGUUAACAUGUACGUCAGCAUCGUCUUCUUCGGGCUCAUCAGCUUCGACAGGUACUACAAGAUCGUCAAGCCCCUCUCGCCGUCUCUUGUGCAGUCAGUGAACUACAGCAAGCUCCUGUCGGUGUCGGUGUGGCUCCUCGUCCUCCUCCUGGCCACCCCCAACAUCAUCCUCACCAACCAGCCGGUCAAGAACAAGACGCACAUCAAGUGCGUGGACCUCAAGAGCCCACUGGGGCGCAGGUGGCACAAAGCCUCUAGCUACAUCUUCGUGGGCAUCUUCUGGACGGUCUUCUUCCUGCUGAUCGUCUUCUACACGGCCAUCACCAGAAAAAUCUUCAAGUCCCACCUCAAAUCCAGGAAGAACUCCAUUUUUGUCAAGAAGAAGUCGAGCCGGAACAUCUUCAGCAUCAUGUUCGUCUUCGUGGUCUGCUUUGUGCCCUACCACGUGGCCAGGAUCCCCUACACGCAGAGUCAGACGGAAGACCGGUAUACCUGCCAGGCCAAGGAGACCCUGCUCUACAUCAAAGAAUUCACUCUGCUGCUGUCGGCCGCCAAUGUCUGCCUGGACCCUGUCAUCUACUUCUUCCUCUGCCAGCCAUUUCGGGAGACCUUAUGCAAGAAGCUUCACAUCGCCUUCAGUGCACCGAACGACUCAGAGACUUCCAGAACCAGGAGGGGAAAUACAACUCACGAAAGCAUAGACACUCUGUGAAUGCCCGCCACCUUCCAGAGCACAUCAGUGUGUGCAGUGUCUCCAGGGACUGAACAAAACGAGUGAAUGAGGCAUGAGUUACACUAGUGAUAAGCAUCACCUCUGGGUACAGCCAUCCAAUCUAGUAGUGAUAAGGAAGCGGUAAGUCUCCCUUUUGGGUCCCAUCAGAGAAGGAAGAAGACACGCAUUACUCAAGCUCAUUUUCUUCAAAAGAGAAGGGUGACAAUUACCAGCCUGGUCAACUCAUGCAGCACUUUAAACAGCAACUCAAGAAAAUAGGAAGCAAUUAGGCAAUACAUGGGAGCCAGCUUCCUUCUCUAAGCACAAGAGUUAGGUCAGCAAGUUAUGAGAGUUCCCCCCCCCCGCCCCCAACAAGGUCAUUAAAACUCAACUCAGAAGCAGGCAGAGUUUAUGGCUAGAGGCCUAUUUUGUGAUGAAGUUUAAGUGUUCUGCUAUAUAUAUAAAAAAAAAAAAGGAUAAGCAGACAAGAAAUCACCAAAAAGAAAACUACUGAUCUAUCUCAUGCAUUUCAAGGGAAAUCUGGCACAAGCUAAAUAGUUUGCAGAAAGAAAGAAAGAAAGAAAGAAAGAAAGAAAGAAAGA